CCUUUUUGUAAAAAAAAAAAAGAAGGUAAAUUACCAACAAUAUGAUACAUUUGAGAUUAAAAGAUGCAUAUCAGGUAAUUGGAUUGUUCUCAGCUUCAAUAGAUUAAUUUAAUUCACCAGCUAUGCACUUCCUAAAUUCAUUAGCAUAGAGAGAAAUGUGGCUUGUUGUUAAGACCUAUGUUUAUGAACUUAUUGUUAUGAUACCAUGAGUUGCUCUACUUUAGACAUGAAUUGAAAGUAUUUAUUAACUUAUCUAAAUUAUGUGCACUCAUAUUUUACAUAGUAUAUGUCAUAUUUAACAGUUUUUUAGCUAUUUUACAGUAUGCGUAAAAAACAGGUUUUUUUUGAAUUCCGGUGGCAUAUAAUUUGGGUCAUUUUGUAAAAUUUAAAGGUACUAAGUGUCAUGAUAAAAAGAUGGGUAAUACCUUAUUUUGGCCCGAACUAUGACCAUAUAAUCAACUUUGACUCGUGAUUUCAGAAAUUAAUAUCAUGACCUCAACUAUGCAACAUAUAGACUCAAUUGGCCGGACACAUGGUUUGACCGUCAAUUUGGACGAUUAACACGCCAUGUCAUUGCCUAGUCGGCCUAAAAAUUAUUUAAAAAAUUCAAAUUCAUAUUAUUUUCCUAAUUUCUAUUAUUUAUCAUUAACAAAUUAACCAAAAAAUAAAAUUAUAAAUAAAUAUUUUUUUAACUUUUUUGGGUAAUUUGAAAAUGAUAAAUUUUAUAAAUUAACCAAAAAGUAUCAAAUUAUUUUAAAAUUUUCUAUUUUUUUAGUUAAUUUGAAAAUGAUAAAUAAUAGAAAUUAGGAAAAUAAAUUGAAAUUGAAUUUUUUUAAUGAUUUUUAGGCUUACGAGGUGAUAACAUGGCGUGUUGACUAACGAUCAACGGUGUUGACCUUCCAAAAUGACGGUCAAACCAUGUGUUGGCCCAAUUGAGUCUAUAGUGCGGGGAAGGGGCUUAGACAACGGAUCUCCCGUCCCUUUACAUUUUUACCAUAUCCAUGGAAUCUUUUCAUGCUUGUUUCAUAAAGCAGCUAUUGAGAAUCAAGUCCCUUACCACCCUAGAUGUAAGAAGUUGGAUAUUACGCAUUUUUGUUUUGUGGAUGAUCUAUUGAUUUUUUUUUCCAAUGGUUCUGUGAGGGCGGUUGCAAGAAUUAGGCUAUAGUUGGAUAAUUUUAUUUGACUUUAAGGCUUAAGUGUAACGCUUAGAAGAGCCAGCUCUUCUGUGCGGCAAUAUAAGAAGAAGAGAAGCAGUUUAUUUCGGCUAGUAUUGACUUUCCCCUUUGCAGCCUCCCUGUUCGUUACCUGGGUGUUUCGUUCAUUUCAGGUAAGCUCCGUAGGGUUGAUUGUUAGGUACUAGUGGAUAAAAUUACUACUCGUAUUAGAGGAUGGAAUUCGAAAACACUCACCUAUGCAGGGCAAAUUCAACUAUUUUCUUUUGUUGUUUCCUGUGUUCUUCAAUUUUGGAUGAAUUUUUUUUUGUUUUUCCGACAACAGUCCUUAAGGAUAUUGAGAAGAUCUGCAAUAAAUUUUUGUGGGGAUGGGGAAGGUGGUUGUAAAACUAAGGCGUUAACGGCUUGGUCUUAUGUUGUUUUAUUGAAGUCUGAAGGUGCACUAGGUCUAAGGGAAUUUCGACUAUGGAAUAAGGCUUGUGUUAUUAGGCACAUGUGGUCAAUCCUUGCUUGCAGCAGAUCCAUAUGGGUGGCUUGAAUAAAGACGUAUAGACUCAUGGCUAAAACUAUCUGGGAAGUCUCGGCUACCUCGGUGGAGUCUUGUGUUUGGAAGCGCAUUAUGAAACUUAGGGGUCGUUUGGAAGUUGUGAUUGUUUUGUUGAGAUUGUCAUUAUGCAUGUAUUGUUUACAAUGCAUCGUUUUUUGUUUUUUGUUUUUUAGCAGAAACAAUACAUGGAUUGUUUCUGUGAUGUGACAUAAACUAUCACUCAUUUUGAGUGAUUGUUAUAUCUCAACUUUUAGUUGUGAUUGUUGAGAUAGUUGAGUUGAGAUUGUUUUGUCUCAGCUUUUAGCUGAUGCGACAUACACAAUCACACAUACCAAACGUUGUAUUCUACAAUGCAUCAAAUUCGACAAUACAUGUAUAAUAUUAUACAUGCAUUCUCAACAAUACAUCUAUUUAACAAUCGUAACUUCCAAACCACCCAUAGGAUACUACUAUUAGAUUCAUCACAGGUGCAAGGUCUGUCUCUUUGUUGGGAUGGAUAUUCCAUGUCUCGCUAUUAUGUUAAUUAAGCGAGUUUGGCUUAGUAUCAGAGUAUCUUCUCCACAAGUGAGUUAGUAAGAGCUUAUUUGGGGUAAGAUUCUAAUUCCCAAAUAUAGUAUUCUGUCAGGGAUGAUUGUUUAGAACAUAAUCUAUACAACUGAUAAACUCCUACUGUGGGAGAAUUCAGUACCUGCUUUCUGUGUGUGGUGGCUGUACGCCCACAGGCUAGCACGGCACGGUUAGAGCACGACACGAGCACGGGAACGAAAUAAAUGGGCCAGCCCGGCACGAGCACGAAUAAUUUAUGGGCCGUGCCGGACCUAAACUUCAUGGGCACUGGCACGAGCAUGGACACGGCACGAUAUAUAAGUGGGCCGUGUCGGGCCUAAUAUUUUCGAGACUUUAUUGAGUAUAAGAACGGACAUGACACGAAAAUAAUAUUUAUUUGAUAGAAAAUAAAUAUAAAAAGAAUUAUAGGUUCAAAUAUUACAAAACACAAGUAGAAAAAUAAUUAUUUGUUGUUUUUAGAACUGUCAUAAAGAUAUAUAGGUAAUUACUAACAUAAGUAAAAAUGGACAAAGAAUUAAACAAAGCCAAAUCACACUCGCUAUACUUCCAAUUUUCUUUUCCCCCUUAUUUGUUACUUUUCUCAAACAUUAUUGAUUAAUACUAUCUUCCCCCGUCCAAUAUUGACCUUCUUUUUCAUUCUCUCAUUUAUUUUCUUCCUUUUCAUUAAACACGAAUACGAGCAUGGCACGAGCACGAAUAGGCACGACACGAUUUGAACCGUGCCCGGGCCUGGGCCGGGCCUAGCAAAGUUAACAAAUGGGCUUGCUGGUACGACAUGAAAACUGACGGGUCGUGCCAAGCACGACACGAAAUAAAUGGGCCUGAAGCGUGUCCGUGCCGUGCCGGCCCAAGCACGACCCAACGCCCAUGUACUCACUUGUGCCCUAGUAGCUUGGAGAGCAUGGAUCACUUGUUUGGUGUAUGCUCCUCCUUUAGCUAUUUUGCAGGCUAAUUUUGUUGUUGUUUUACUCCCUAAUCUUAGCAACUGGGAUGAUAUUUUGACCAACCAAAGUUGCAAUUUCAAACAUUCCAGUUCCCAUCUAUUGCAAACAACCCUCCACCAAGAAUUCUCUCUCUAACUCCCCUUUGCAGUUAACAGAGUGAACCUUACAGCCUAGUUAUGAUCUUUUUUUCUUUGAUGUUUGUGAAUUAUAAUGAUCUUGUGGUGCAUGUGUUUGAUGUCUUACUAGUUUUUUUUGACAAUGAUGUCUUACUAGUUGGUACUCGCUAAUUGGAUGAACAAGUUCAAUUAUUUCUUCUUUAUGCAUCAAAAUUUGGAUUUAAAUUAUGAAUUCAUGAUUAAUGUUGUAUUAAUAUUGUUUCUUAUGAUUAUUAUUUUAUGCUAACAAUGUAGACAUGUAGUUAAAUUAAUUUGAAUUAUUUGUAGGAUUAUUCAUCUUUAAUAUUUAGUACUCUUGGUCAUUCUUAUGUUUGUUAAUUGAAAAUGAUAUUAAAUGACACUUGUUAAACUUAAUUAGAUGAUAAUUUGCGUAUUACAAGCGGUUAUUGCUUCGGUUUAUGAUAUUUCGUGAAAGACAAUCGAAGCUAUUGGUUUUCCCAGUUAUAGCCGUAGUUCUUGGAAUGUAUGUUAGUGAUUAUUGGUCCAAACUAACCGCUAACUGAACCGAUAAGAGAUGGUUAACCAAUAAGGAUUAUCGGUUCGGUUAUCGGUAUGAAUUUUUGCUUAUUGGUUAAUCGCUAACAGUCAUAUUAGUUAGUGGUUAACUAAAACCGAACCGACUAACACCCCUAAUUAAAAGGAAUUGAUUCAUUAGCUUAGUUAAGGGCGAAGACAAAAGUGAAUCAUCAUUUAUAAAAAAAAAUGACAUUUCAAAAAAAAUUAUAAGAAAAACAAAAGCAAAUCAUCAUAUUCAAUGGUUUAUUUGCUUCUUAAAUUUGCAUUGAUUUUAGCGGUUGCAACUGUAAGUAUUUAAAAUUUAUUUUUCAGCUUUGAAUUACAUCAAGGUCAAGUUUCGAAAUCGAAUAGACGAUUAGUUUAUUAAUGAGUUGUAGUGAGAAAAAAUUGUUAAAAAAUGGUUAAUGUGGAAAAAACAUUAUAAUUAUUGAGAGUGUUUUACAAAAAAUUUCAGAAUAUGAAAACACGACAUCAUAACAUGAUAUUUUGUUAGGUCCAAGUUCCCGUCAGUAACCUAAUGGUUACUCAUGGUGAGUAAACAAAUCUCAGCCAUUAGAUUUAACUGGGCCCAGAAAAUCCAAAUCUAAAGAUGAAGAAUUAAAUGCAUUUUUAUUUUUCCUUGUUUUCUUAAUCGACUCAUAUCUUCUUCGUUUUAAAUUGGAUUUCAAUUUUGUUUUUGUUUUUGCACCGGUGGAACGAGUUUGUUGUGCUCUACAAAAUGAGGUCCAUUUCAAAUAUUUUCUUAGAAAAAAUUCUUGCCUCUCAUUACCAACUGCAUACCAUAUGAUAUCUUCUUCGUUUUAAAGUUAUUUUUUAAAACUUUUGCAUAGAAUGAACAAGUUCAUCAUGAUCUAUUGGAUCACAAAUUUUUGGGUGAACAAAAUAUAAGACAAAAGAAUACCACACAAUACCACCCUGGUAUGAGGUGAUAUCUUGUGGUACAAAAUCUUCAAAGUCAUAAAUGACAAUUAGUAUAUACCUACUGUCAUGUAUUCAAUCGUCCUACAGUCUUGGUAUGUUCAUAUCACCAUGGUAAGUUUUUUCAUACCAUAUGAUAUGUUCUUAUUUAAUAACAGUCAAUACCAUAUGGUAUACGGGUAAAAAAUGACUCAAAUGUUUUUGUUCCAAAAAUAUAUCAAAGUGGAUAUCAUUUUGAAAGCACGAUUAAUCUGAACUAAGUGUGCAAAAAAAUUAAAUUCCAACUUAAAGCGAUUGAGAAAUCGUCCGUUAAAAAUUAAGGUGGAAAAAUUAAGGGGUCGUUUGGAUUAGAGAUUUUAAUAACGAGGGAUUUUAAAUAAAAUCUCUCGUUUAAAAUACAAGGAAUUUUAUAUGCAGGAUUAAACUGAAAUAACUCGUUUUGAUUGAUACGCAGAAUUUUAACAUAAACAUCCAAAUUACAU